UUUGUCCAUUUUGUGCUGUGGUCCAGAGAUGAUUCCAUCAUGUUGAUUAAAACAAAAAUCAAUAAUGAACAGAAAUAUGUCAAGAUCAGUGAACCAAGUCUGGAUGAAUUCUUGAAUUCCGCUUUCGUGAAGUUCUCCAUCCCACCAGUCAGUGAAGGCAUCAGAGUUUAUGAUGAAACAGGAACUGAGGUGGAUGCAGAUGUCUUUGCAGAAGUGGCACAGCUGCCCAAUGCUGGUGUAUUUACUAUUCAGUUUGAGAAUGGUUCACAGGGGAACACUUCAUCUGCCAGUCCACCAGUCCAAACCAAUUCAGCAUUGACCCGUUCAUCAUCAACCAGCUCUGAUGAGACAAUCAUCCUGGAUGAGGACUGCGGUCCUUCCAGAAAACGGCAGAAGGCAAAUCAAGAUGCCAAACAAGUGGUUGAAUCAGCAUUGACCAAGAAACCAGGUGGAGACCGUAUUACUAAGGAAUACAACCGGACAAAAGGCCUGAGUGAUUCCUCGCGGCGACAGAUGGUUAACAUCCUCGCAGCAGAUAUGACUGAAACUUAUGGGACAUCACCACCACGGGACGUGAGAGAGAUGUAUGCUCGAGGCAUAGUUGAGAUGUUCCCUUACCUGAUGGAUCCAUAUUCAAAAAAUGGAUAUGGAAGUCUUCACUUGUUCUAGUUAUUAGACUAUUAUUCCUACUAUAGGUAGGAAGUACCUAUAGUAGGGAUGGUAAAAUGCUGUUUCCAGAAUUCAUCAUUUUAACCAACUGGUGCUGUUUUAAUAAUUAGCUAUCCUGUUAUUAUCAUUUA